AUGGGCCCAACAAAUAAAUGUGCCACAGAUGAACUACAAAUGUUAGGGCGGCGAGACUAUGAUUUGAGCUACUCCUGGCCCACCGAUAUUCCAAAUCAACAAUUACAGUCUACUGCUGUCCAGUUCAUAUCUACAGCAAAAUUACAAUUUCAACCUCCUUUGAACCAACCCUUGCCCACAAUCCCCACCAAAACCAAUCUCUCAUCUAAGCAAAACCUUGCACUCCACAUAAUUCUACAUCACCACUCUCAAAAAACUACAGCCCAACCUCUCCGAAUGAUUAUUCAAGGAACAACAGGAAUAGGCAAAUCAUUCUUGAUAGAUUACAUCAGACAAAAGUUGAAUAUAUUUGGAACCAAUACAACAAACACAUUAUUUGUCCUUGCACCUACAGGUAUUGCUGCUUACAAUAUUCAAGGAACAACUAUUCAUGCUGGUCUCCGAAUUCCUAUAAAAGAAAUGCAUCCUUUGAUAGGGAAAGCAUUAUUCACCUUCCAGGAAUGUUUUAGGCAUGUUAAAUAUCUUCUAAUAGAUGAAAUGAGCUUCUUAGGUCCUAAAUUGCUAUUGAAGAUUGACAGCUGCCUCCGCCAAGCAUUCCCUGAUAAACAACAUGAACCAUUUGGUGGACUCUCCAUAAUCCUUGUGGGUGACCUUGGACAGCUCCCGCCUGUGAUGGACAAACCAGCUUAUGCUUCGCACUCUACAACUCUCAACUUGUGUCGAUCAUUUACAAUAGUUGUCACAUUGCAUACAAUUUUCCGCCAACAAGGUUCCUCUGUUAAACAACAACAAUUCAGAAGCAUGCUCCAAAACAUUAGAGAUGCCCAGCCUAACAAGCAUGACUGGCAAAUGCUAAUGAACCAAACAAAUACAAAUUUCACCCUUUUGCAGCAAAAUGAAUUCAACUCAUCAAUCCAUUUAUUUGCAACAAAUAGCUCAACAAUGCUGCACAACAAAAGAAUGUUGAAGGCAUUGAAUUUGCCCAUUGCUCUCAGUAUUGCACGUAUUGCACAACAAACUAACAGUGAAUAUGAUAACAAUGAACAGUUGCCAUUGGAGCUACUGUUAUGUGAAAAUCAGUAG